AAUGAAUCUCUACGAGUAUCUAAUUCUUAUAUUUCAUUAGCAUUCAUGUCUGUUUUAGCCACUAGAUCCAUGGCGUCCCUUGGACGUCAUCAGGGGAUCGCGUUUGCUAGAACGAUGCUAAGUCCGUCCGUUUGGGCCAACUACAACGCAUCAAAGCGUUGCCUUCAUAGCACUCCUCCAACUUGGAAGAGAAAGGCUAAAAACAAUUCCAAUAACCAUAACGAAAACAAUAAUAAUAAUAGCGAAUUGGAGAACGCAUUUUCCUCGCUCAAGGCCAAACUUGAACAGUUUGGUAUACCCACAGGGUUCCCAGGAGGUAAUUCCUCGGGAGCAAAUAGACAAACUUUCCAUUUGGAGGGUUUCGGAGUCGACGACUCAGCAGAUAUUAAACAAGUUCAAUCUCUUGCUAAGGUAGCCAGAUUCAUGUCUCAAUCAUAUCUUCGUGAAAACAGAAAGUUUGAAGAAAAGAGCACCGAUAACGCCGAUGCAAUCAUGGUGGCAAAUCGAGUCAUGCUGGAACUUGCGGCGGAGGUGCAAAAUCAACCACUUUCCAUCACCAUCACAAGACAACAAGUAGCUCAACAUUAUGCUUUAAUCUACUUCCUCAGUGCCAAGGAAAAUGGUCUUGACCGCUUAGACUUUGAAGAUAAACUUGUCGACAAGUUGAUGUUUGCGUAUUUGGAAGGAGCUGAGAUGACUGGUCCUAAUGUUCCAUUGGCUAAUUCAUGGGUUGAAGUGUUCAAGAUCUGGGAGGAAACUCCAGUUGCUCUGGAACUGAAUCCAAUCCCAGGCUAUCGUAAUGCCUUGCAACCUCCAGCUCUUGCUAGCCGUAAAAUGGCUGAAUUGUUAGGAAUGGAACCAUUUGAUCAAAGCACCGGUGAUAAGAAUGAAGAUAAGUCUACUGGCAAGGCUACCAAGCCUACCAAGUCUGCAAAGACUUCUAAAUCCGACAACAAGAAAACAUCUCCAAGAGAAAUUACCAUUGACGUUGACGGUGAUAAGUUGAUUAGAUAUGCUUCGAUCACUUUCUUCUUUGUGUUUGGACUUUACUUAUUCACUGGAUUUGGUCUGCAAUCCAACCAAGAAGUUUCUUUCCAAGACUUUACCCUGAAGUUCCUUGCUAAGAAUUACGUGUCCAGACUUACAGUGGUCAACAACAAGAUUGCCAAGAUCGAAUUGAACGAAAACGGUAGUCAACAAUACCCUGGAGGCUCUCAAGGUUACUACUUCAACAUUGGUUCAAUUGAAUCAUUCGAGAAGAACUUGCGUCACGUUCAAAACGAACUUAAUAUCGAUGAAACAAUGAAACUUCCUGUUUUGUAUGUCAGUGAGGGAAACACCGCCAAAAUGCUUAUCAAUUUCUUACCAACUCUUCUCUUUUUGGGUGCAAUUUAUUACAUGACUAAGAAGGCUGGUGUUGGUGGUAUGGGAGGUCCUUUGGGUUUCGGUAAGUCCACUGCUAAGAAAUUCAACCAAGAGGCAGACAUUAAAAUUAGAUUUAAGGAUGUUGCUGGUAUGAGUGAAGCUAAGGAAGAAGUUAUGGAAUUUGUCAAAUUUUUACAAAAUCCUGAGAAAUACGAAAAAUUAGGAGCUAAAAUCCCAAGAGGUGCCAUUUUAUCUGGUCCACCGGGUACUGGUAAGACUUUGAUUGCCAAGGCCACUGCCGGUGAAGCAGGUGUUCCAUUUUAUUCUGUCUCUGGGUCAGAAUUUGUAGAGAUGUUUGUUGGGGUUGGUGCUUCUAGAGUUAGAGAUUUGUUCAAAACCGCAAGAAUGAAUGCUCCCCUGAUUGUCUUUGUUGAUGAAAUCGAUGCCAUUGGGAAGCAACGUUCUAAGGGUAACGCUAGUGGUGCCAAUGAUGAACGUGAAACCACUUUGAACCAGUUGCUUGUGGAAAUGGAUGGGUUUGAUACUGAUGACCAUGUUGUUGUUCUUGCAGGUACCAAUAGAGCUGAUAUCUUGGAUAAGGCUUUAAUGAGACCUGGUAGAUUCGACAGACAUAUUUCUAUUGAUAAUCCAGAAUUACAAGGCCGUAAGGAAAUCUUUAAUGUUCAUUUAAAGAAAAUCAAGAUGAUUGAUAACAUCGAUUCUGAUCUUUCUGGUAGACUUGCUGCUUUGACUCCUGGAUUCAGUGGUGCAGACAUUGCCAAUGUUUGUAAUGAAGCCGCAUUGAUCGGUGCCCGUUACAAUGCCGACGCUGUGACUUUGAGACACUUUGAAUUGGCCAUUGAAAGAGUCAUUGGAGGAAUUGAAAAGAAAUCGAAACUCUUAAACCCUGAAGAACAAAAAAUUGUUGCUUAUCAUGAAGCUGGACACGCCAUUUGUGGUUGGUACUUAAAGUAUGCCAGUCCAUUGUUGAAAGUGUCUAUUAUUCCAAGAGGGCAAGGUGCUUUGGGUUAUGCCCAAUACUUGCCUGCAGACCAAUACUUGAUGUCUGGAUUACAAUUGACUGAUAGAAUGAUCAUGACGUUAGGAGGAAGAGUUUCUGAAGAAUUGAACUUUAAGUCUGUCACCAGUGGGGCCCAUGAUGACUUCAAGAAGGUUACCAACAUUGCCCAAUCCAUGGUGAUGAGAUUUGGUAUGUCAGAAAAAGUUGGUAUGGUGAACUACGCUGACUCCAGAGAUGGAGACGAUAUGACCAAGCCAUUCAGUGAAGAAACCAAUAAAAUUGUAGACCAAGAGGUUCAAAGAAUUGUCAAGGAAUGUUACGAUAAAUGUACCCAAUUGUUGACUGAAAAGUCUAAGGAGGUUCAAAUGGUCGCAGAGGAAUUGAUUAAGAAAGAAUUCAUUACCAGAGAAGAUAUGAUCCGUAUGCUUGGAAAGAGACCAUUCCCUGAGCUCAACGAUGCAUUCGACAAAUAUCUUGACGGGAAGCCUGCUUUCCAGAACCUUCAGCCGGACGUUGAGAGAAAGGAUAGCGAAGUCGAGUAGAUAGAGACUCACCAUAGGUGAAAAUUGCAUGUAAAUAGAAGGUAGUAGAUGGAUAACUAUU